AUGAUGCGAAGAAAGGAUGCACAUCCUGCUGUUAGUACUUCCGAGCAGCAGCAGGGCGAAAAAUGGUUCAAAAUGGCACAAUCCUCUUUGGCGCUAGAAAUGGGAAACAGUCGCGAAUCCCAGACGUUUGGAAGUCACAUUGAAAAAGUUCGUUUCGGACAGUUUGAGAUUGACACAUGGUACACGUCAUCUUACCCAGAUCGCUUCUCGAUUCUUCGCACACUGUUUGUUUGUCAGUACUGCUUUCGCUACUUGAAGUGCGAAACGCAACUCAAUCGGCAUCUAGGCAAAUGCACACUGUCUCAUCCACCGGGCAAGGAAAUUUAUCACGCCGAUAAGUUGUCUUUCUGGGAAGUGGAUGGUGAAAAAAAUACGGCUUUUUGUCAGAAUCUUUGUCUGUUUGCGAAGCUUUUCCUGGAACACAAGACUUUGGUGGACCAAGUUGAAGCGUUCAACUUUUACCUUAUGACCGGUUCUGAACAGGAAGAAUAUCAAAUGAUUGGAUAUUUUUCCAAGGAGAAGGAUCCCCUUAGCAAGUAUAAUGUAUCUUGCUUGUUGGUUCUGCCUCCAUUUCACUCGAAAGGAUAUGGGCGACUGCUAAUCGAUUUCAGUUAUAUGUUGACGAGAAUCGAGCGGAAGACUAGCUCACCAGAGCAUCCCUUGUCUGAUCUUGGAUUGAUCGCUUACCGGAAGUACUGGAUCUCAAAAGUUAUGGAGUACAUUAACGGCCUUUCCAAUGAUCAGAUGUUUAGUAUGGCAGAUAUAUCUCAAGAAACUGGCAUUCAUCCUAACGAUAUUGCUUCAACGCUUCAGUACAUUGGUAUCGUCAAAACAUGGCGAGGAAAAUACUGGAUAUACAAGUCAGAAGUAUGA